AUGGCACCUCCAGGAGAGUCUUCCCAAGUCAUCGAGGAUAUGUCGGUCCCGAGCAGCCAUAAACCCUCUGUCAAUGGACACCAUGAGGAGAAGCCUGCUGUAGUCAAGAAGUCGCCCUUGAACUCGAGCUUCGAGAACAUUGUCCGUGACACACUGGAGAAAUGGCACAUCCAAGGCAUGUCCGUGGCGGUCAUUGAAGGUGAAGACAUCUGGACAGAGGGCUACGGCUUUGCGACCCUUCCUGACGUCCCUGUUCGCGCUUCUACAUUGUUCCACACGGGAAGCACCACCAAAUCCUUCCUGGCCGCGGCGGUAUCGCUGGUGGUCCAUGACAACGACAAGUAUGGCCAUGUGCAAUGGGAUACACCAAUCAGUGAGCUCAUUCGUGAGGAUUUCGUGCUCGAGGAUGAGUAUGCGACCUCUCGAGUGACCAUUGAGGAUGCCCUCUCUCAUCGCACGGGCAUGCCAGGACACACGCUCACCUUCGGCGGCGACACACUGAAAGAAUCAGUGCGCAGCCUGCGCCAUUUGUACCUCAACAAGGCGAUCAGGACGACUUGGCAAUACUGCAACCUCAUGUACAUGGCAGUCUCUCACAUGAUGGAGGUGGUGACGCGCACAUGGCUGGGCGACUUUCUGAGGGAGAAGAUCUGGGAGCCUCUUGGGAUGAAACAGACCUUCUUCCGACUGAGCGAUGCCGAAAAGUAUCUCGAACAGGGCCAGGAACAAGACUGUAAUCUGGCCAUUGGGUACUCAUGGGAUGAGCAGAGUGCGGCUGCCAGACCCGUGCCCUUGUGGCGAGACGCCGUUGUCUCCGGAGCCGGGGCCAUCAUAUCCAACGUUGUCGAUUAUGCAAAAUACGUCCGAUCCAUGAUCCAUCAAUCUGGGCCGCUGCCCAAACAGGCGUACUUAGACCUGGCAACUCCCCGGUCCAUCAUGCCGCCUUUCGAUCCGCACUUCCGCCAGCCUCUGCUGUACAGCCUGGGCUGGAUCAAUGGCAUCUAUCACGGAGAGAGUGUCGUCACCCACGGCGGCGGCCUUGAUGGCUUCUCCUCGGUCAUGAUGUACCUUCCGGACAGGGAAUUUGGAGUCGUCAUCUUCGCGAAUGGCCAGACUCGUGGGACGGAAGUGCCGGCAUGGUUCUUGAUCGACAAUCUUCUCGGGGUGCCAGAGGAAGAGCGCCUCGAUCUUUUCGAGUGGAACGCAAAGGCUCUGGCCGAAGCGAAAAGGCAGAUUGCCGAUGCUCCAGGCCGUCUUUACCCGUCAGCUCCGAAUCCUCCUCUACCACUUUCACUGCCGCUGUCUGAAUAUAGCGGGACAUAUAGCCAUCCUGCGUACCGCCCAUUUGUGAUCACUCCGUCAACCGGCCCCCAAUCAGCUCUCCGAGCCGUGGCAGAAGGUCUGGUGAAAGUAGUUCUUAACCUGAGGCAUGUGACGGGAGAGUACUUCGUAGCGAACCUCAUCUUAUUUACGCAUGGCACAGAGCCAGUUGCAGCUCUCAAGGCCCAGUUCCAGCUGGACGUUCAGGGCCGAGUGAACGAAUUUGGAGCCGAACUGGACUUUUUGUCCGGGGGAGGCAAGAUGAUCUGGUUCAAGCGAUGUGACAAAGCUUGA